UACAAAGCCCCAGAGACGAGCAUUUAGUACCACUAGUGACUAAAUAAGUCUCUCUCUUCCUCUCCAAUUAUUUAACUUGACAAACAUCAGUCCCUUUUUAGCCAUUGCCCUGAUGCACAUCCCCUCUUUAAAAUGGUGCUCUCUCCAACACCUCGACCCUAGCUCAAAGAUAUGCAAUGACCCAAUGCUCCAAUAUCUUCGUUUUCUUCUUCUCUUUCUCUUGUAGGCUGUGGUUUCUGCAUGGAUCUGGGCAUGGUGGGCUUGGAUGGCCUAGUGGGUUCUGAUACUUGCCUUGCUUCUCUUGCUAGUUCCUCCUCCUCUUCAGAUCCUGAGACCAAGCAAAAAUGGUACGGAUCUGGAGGCUGCACCCGCAAGCAAGAAAGGCCUGGAGCUUCUUCGGAAGAUGAAUGGAGAAGCCUCAAAGUUGCCAAAACAGACGACGUCUCAGCUUCCAAGUCAAUGCUGUUUCAGCAGAGAGCCGGCGGCCCUUUGUUGAGAUCUAAUAGUACUCUUCUCUCUGAUGGUCAGCAGAUGCUCAGCUUCUCUUCCCCCACCCCUCAAACUGCUCCGUUGCCUUACUAUGCCAGAAAUUCAGGAUAUGGCUCUGGUGGAGGGUUGAAUCCUGCAGCAAGCAUGCAUGGCAUCUUUACUGGGGUCAGAGGCCCAUUUACUCCUUCUCAGUGGAUGGAGUUGGAACAUCAGGCUUUGAUCUACAAAUACAUCAUCUCUAAUGUCCCUGUUCCUUCCAAUCUCCUCAUCCCCAUCAGAAAAGCCCUUGAUUCUGCUGGCUUCUCUACCUUUUCAGCUGCCUCUCUUGCACCCAGUACCUAUGGAUGGGGUGCUUUCCGGCUGGGAUUCUCCAGCACGGCUGACCCAGAGCCGGGGAGGUGCCGUCGGACAGAUGGCAAGAAGUGGCGGUGCUCUCGAGAUGCCAUUCCUGACCAGAAGUACUGUGAGCGGCACAUGAACCGGGGCCGCCAUCGUUCAAGAAAGCCUGUGGAAGGCCAAAAUGGCCAUUCCGUCUCUGGACCCACCUCAACCACCUCCGCCAAGCUCCUGCCCACCAGUUCCUCCGCCUCAGCCUCGGCUGCGCCUGGUGGUAGCAUGUCUGGCAGCUUCACCCUCUCCGACCAUAGCCAGCUCAAGAAUCUCCAGCCUGGUUGCCCAUUUCCCACCCAGAUCAGCAGGACUGCUCUGAACAAGGACACAGUGGGGGAGAGGAUUCAGGAUUCAACGGACCCGUCCAUCUUAUCUCCCACCAUUGGUCUGAAAGAAAACCAGUUCUCAUUCUCAAAGCAGAACCCAUUCGAAGAAUCCUCAAGAGCCGAAUUUGGGCGUGUUUGCUCGGAUUCCCUGCUAAACCCUUUUCAGAAAAGCUCCUCCCUGGUCAGCUGCAGCUCCUCUCAGGACCUAAACGACCGGGAAAACGAGUCCCAAGUUCGGCAAUUCAUCUAUGAUUGGCCCAAGAGCCAAACUGUUAUCAACUCUGCCAUUUCAUGGCCCGGCAUUGAUCUGCAGACAGAUAGGACUCAGCUGUCUAUCUCAAUCCCGGUGUCGGCCUCAGAUUUCAUGUCAUCCACUUCAUCUCCGGACAAUGUGAAGCUCGCGCUUUCGCCACUGAGAUUGUCACGAGAGCUCGAGAUGGGGCUGGGUGUAGGCAGCGAAACUGGGCAGAGCCAGGCGAAUUUGAAUCCCAUUUCUUGGGAGACUUCCAUGGGCGGGCCCCUUGGCGAGGUGUUGAAUAGCGCUAACAGUGGGGCCUGCGACGGUAAGAGCACGUCGGCACUGAACCUGAUGACAGAGGCGGCAUCGCCGACUGGGGUCCUGCAGAAGAUAAUGUUUGGGUCGGUUUCGAACAGCAGCGCGGGGAGCAGCCCGACCCCGGAGAGCCACAAGAGGCAUGAAGGGGCGGCCAGCAGCAGCCUCUGCAAUGACCUCCUCGGCUCGACUACUCUUGUGAGUUCGUCCUCCUUGCCUGCGUUGUAGGAAAAGUAAGGAAGCCAUCCAUGGAAGAAGCUCUCUGACUCUUUUGAGUGUUUUAUUCAUGUGGGUGAAUGGAGACUGCAAUAAUAAUGUUGCUAGCUUGUUCUUCUAGAGUUUGAAUUUGUAAUUUCUUGAAUUCUGCUACUGUUUUUAUCUUCUGUGGCAAACUUGACUCAUCCUUGUAGGCCAUUUUAGCUCUGAAUCUUUAAUCAGUUUUGGUUUUCCCUAA